AUGUCAUGGUCAAAAGGAAGGCAGAAUGAUGUUACGGUCAAGUUUCAGACUGUGAAGGACGUGGUCUUGGACUGCCUCUUGGAUUUCUUACCCGAGGGGGUGAACAAGGAGAAGAUCACGCCGCUCACGCUCAAGGAGGCUUAUGUGCAGAAAAUGGUAAAAGUAUGCAAUGAUUCAGACCGAUGGAGUCUCAUCUCCUUGUCCAACAACAGUGGCAAAAAUGUGGAGCUGAAAUUUGUGGACUCUCUGAGGCGGCAGUUUGAAUUCAGUGUCGAUUCCUUUCAAAUCAAGCUGGACUCCCUGCUGCUUUUUUAUGAGUGCUCAGAGAAUCCGAUGACUGAAACUUUUCACCCGACGAUCAUUGGCGAGAGCGUCUAUGGGGAUUUCCAGGAAGCCUUUGAUCACCUCUGCAAUAAGAUAAUCGCCACCAGAAACCCCGAAGAGAUCAGAGGAGGUGGUCUUCUGAAGUACUGCAACCUUUUGGUAAGGGGCUUUAGGGCUGCCUCCGAAUCCGAGAUUAAGUCCCUGCAGAGAUACAUGUGUUCGAGGUUUUUCAUUGACUUCUCAGACAUUGGAGAACAGCAGAGAAAGCUGGAGUCCUACUUGCAGAACCACUUUGUGGGAUUAGAGGACCGCAAGUAUGACUAUCUCAUGACCCUUCACGGUGUGGUGAAUGAGAGCACAGUGUGCCUGAUGGGACAUGAGAGGAGACAGACUCUGAAUCUGAUCACCAUGCUGGCCAUCAGGGUCCUAGCCGAGCAAAAUAUCAUCCCCAAUGUGGCCAAUGUCACCUGCUAUUACCAGCCAGCCCCAUACGUAGCAGAUGCCAACUUCAGCAAUUACUAUAUUGCCCAGGUUCAGACGGUGUUCCCUUGCCAGCAGCACACAUACUCUACUUGGCUGCCCUGUAAUUAAGGACCGAAAUUAGUAGACCCGGUGGGGAGAACGUUUUCUAAGACGUAGGAAGGGGCGGUGCGCCCCUUUGAAAUGGGGUGUUUUGUGCAAUGACGAUCUGCUCUAGUUUUCAAGCUUGGGGAAAAGCUUGUGGUUCUUCUAAUAAGUAACGGGAGCAUGAUCGAGAAAGAACCCCAAAAUAAUUGGAUCCUACCCCAGAGCACAAGAGGCCUGUCAUUAAAAGCAACCAGCUUCCCCUGAAAUAAGUGAGGGAGGAAUGCUUGAUGACAAUAUGGGUUGGCAAUAUCUGCUCCCAUAGCUUUGGCAUAGAGAAGGUGGGAAAGCCUUAUUUUCUUUUAUUUUUAUUCUUACUCUAGAAUGGGAUCUGCAAAAGGGAGAAUAUGAAAGAAACAAAACAAA